GAUAUCGAUAUAAUAAGAAUAAAUGACAACACUAGCUUACGAUACAUGUUUAUUAUUGAAAUCGAACAGUUCGAUUAAGCUCACUAUUCCGAAAGCUCAUUUUUGGUGUUUUCUUUGUGCUAAUUUAAAUAGUUUUUAGUUUUGGAAGUGUUUUUGAUAAAAUAAAAACCAAGUUACUAAAACCCAAAAAAUAAAAAAUGGAACCAAACGAAAUGCUUAGCGAUCCAGAAGAGUGCACGGCUGGUGUUCGUCUUGUAGUGUUGAACUUGCCUGAAGACGAGGGCGAAGGCCUGGGGUUUCGCCUCACCAGAACGUUAUGGGACCCAUAUCCUUGGAUUCACGAGGUAACUCCAGAGUCAAGAGCUGACAUCGCCGGGUUAAGGGCAGGCGACUGUUUACUGCAAGCGGAUGGGAAAGAUUUGCUUGGACUAUCGAUAGGCAAAGUAGCUGGUCUGAUAAGAGGUGACGGCGAAGGGCACGGUGUAUCUUUACUUGUGUGGAACUGCGGUGUCGAUCCCAGAGACGACCCAGAGCUGCUAUGGAGCUGUGGCGGGGGUUCCCGAGGAGAGAAGUCGAGACGCGCACUCGCCGGCGUAGUGAAAGCGCUGUCGUGCUGCGUGUGCGCUGCCACUGCGACGAAAGCGCUUAACUGUGCACGAUCACAUUUGUACUGCGAAGGUUGUUGGAGCCGAUUAGAACGGUGUGCGUUGUGCAGAGAACCAUUGCCACCUAAAGAAUCACCAUAUUCAAGAAAUCUGGUUGCUGAACAGGUCUUUGAAGCAAUAGCAACGGAAUACGAAAUAAAGUACAACCUAAGGAGACCGCAAUCGACAUCAGCCCACACAUCACCGAAUCGAUCACCCAACAUAUCACCAACAGCACGCCGCAAAGGACAAUACCAACUAUCAGUGAUGCACAAAAAUCGAAAACCGACGCUUCCGAAUGAAAAAUUUGCAUCAGAUCCGAAUAUAAACCGAUUUAAAGACGAUCCAAAAACUACCAUUUCGACCAAAAUGGUAGAAUCUCCUGGCAACUCUAACGGAAAAUGCAACUGUCAAGUUAAUGGCGGGAAAUGUAACUGUCAUACAGAUGAACAAUCUAGGUUGAAUAUACCACGGAUCAAUAUUGAAGAUACAAGUUGCAAAUGCAGUUGCCAGCAGUUGCAACAUAAGUUAGUUGCAAGGUUAAGACAAACCUGUUCACUUGCAGAUCUGCAAAAUGUUGCUUUGCAAAGCUGUUCUUUGUCUAAAUCAAUGAAUAAUAUCAGUCAGAAUGAAAAGAGCUCUGGUGAGGGACAACAUAGCAACUCAAUGGAUAGUCUAAAAAUUACAGAAGCACCAGUAUUCGUGGUAUCUCCAACACCCAUAUAUCUCUUGGCUUGUGAACAUAGUAAAUAAAAUAAAAUGUACCUGUUGAUAUAAAAGUUUUAUUAUAGUUAAGUCACGCCAACAUUGUAUUUUAUUUAUAUUUUACAAAAUAAUU